UCAUCGUCAGAGUUACGUCCCCUGCAAAAUGGCUGGGAUAAACUUUAAAAGUAAAACAUCCAUUGACCAAGAAAGGGAAUACUUGCAGAAAGCGAGGGACAAUGUUCUUGAAAAGGCAAAGAGCAAAUAUGACAGAGAGGAAAGGCGCCGACAGGAAGCUGCAGCACGGGGAGAGGACCGGUGGAUGCUGCCAGCCAUCACAGACAGGAUACAAUCUGAUAGCAAGACUGCAGAAAAGGCAAAAAGGAAACAGAAGAAGGAGAAAAAGAAAUUAAAGAAAGAAAAGAAGAAAAAGAAGAAAAAACAUGUUUCCUCAGACAGUGACUCAGACUCUGGUUCUGAUUCCGAUGACCAGUGGGUUGAGAAGUCCAGUAGUGUGUCAGCCGCUCCCAAGGAAUCUGUCCGUCCAGUGAUGGGACCCACUCUUCAGAGAGACAGCUGGAUGGAAGAGGCCGGGUUGUUUGACAUACCCUCGACAUCCAGGAAGGAGAUCCGAGAAAGACAGAUGAGAAUAAAAGAGGAGAAGAAUGCAGAAAUAUCCAAAGAGAAAGAGGCUGCACGGAUGAAGAUAGAGUUGAACCCCUACUGGCAAAAUGGAGGAACUGGAUUACCAGAGGAAAACCCUUCCAAGUCGAAAGCAAAAAGCAACCAUUCAGGGGUAGGAGAUGGAGGGUUGUCAUGGUUACUAAAAUCGUUUGAGAGAUGCAAGCAGCAGGCAGCCGAGGAGGGUCGAAGUCUGGAGGAGAUGGCAGCAGAAAGAUGGGGGUCUUUGAAGAAAUUUGAGAAGAUGCUUGCUGAUGCAGAGAAAAAGGAGAGAAGGCAAUCAAAAAGAGGACCUUCACCUCCUAGAUGGAAGAAAGAAAGGUCAAGGUCACCUACAAGAAGUAGUCGAAGGUCGUCUCGAUCUCCUCGUCGCAGUAGGUCAAGGUCACCGAAUAGGGCCAGGAAAAGAAGCUAUUCCAGAUCUCCUGAGAAACAGAGCUAUAGGUCAAGGUCACCAAGUUCAAAACAUGGUAGAUCUUCUCAAACUGAUCACAGCAAAGAUGGUAGAAAUUUUAUGAAACCCGGUGAUUCAACAAGAGACAGGCGAUCUGAUGACUCUGCGCCGAGGAGGACUUUCAUGAAACCCGGUGAGUCACGGUCUGAUGACUCUAGGUCAAGGUCAUUCAUGAGACCUGAUGACUCUAGAUCCAAUAGUGAUAGUUCAAGAUCUAGAACUUUCAUGAGGCCUGAUGAUGGAGGUGAUUCACGGUCUAAAGGGGACUCAAAGAGAUUUAUGCGGCCUUCAGAAAAUCAGGAUGAGGAACCACGAAACCAACGUCAAUUUGUUCAACCUGCAGAUGACAACUCACGAAGACAUUCACGUGAAUCUAACAACCACCAGUCUUCAAGAUCAGAUCACAGAUCAAGUAAUGAUGUCCCAAGAUGGAAGAAGAAAGGCUAUGAAAAGCCUAACGACUCUCAAUCAUCAAGGGAAGAAGAGACAAGGUCAAGGUCACAUAGAGACUCCAGAGAUUAUGGACGUUCCAGGAAAAGGUCUUGGUCAUACUCUUCAUCAAGUACAGACAGCAGCAGCAGUAGCAGUAGUUCAGAGUCUGAGGCAGAUACUGCGCCAUCUAGUGAGGAGGUGGAGGCAACUCCUGCUGUUGAGAUCCUGUCACCACAAGAGUUAAAUGCUCUUGGAGCCAAAAUUCUUAAAGCUGAAAUAAUGGGAAAUAAUGCCCUGGCUGAAGAACUGAAAGCAAAGCUAGAUGCUGCUCGUAAGGUCAUUGAGGAAAAUCCUCAGCUGGCAGCCAAACAUGAGAAGCAGGGUCAAGGUGAACCUGAGGAGGUCGUGCUGACCCGCACAACCCGUGGGGGACUAGUACAGCCUCUGCCUGAUGCUAAACAUGACCGAGAGACAGGAGGAAAGAGGCGGAGGAAGAAGAAUGUUCAGACCCAUGGAGGUGGAGGCGAGCGAGAGAGGUAUUUUGACGAUGAUGACCAGCACAGCCUGAAGUCUCUGGUUGAGAGGGAGAAGAUGGGAACAGCGGAGGAUCAGAACGCCAUGUUUGCCCGACUGGCUGGAAGGGCUGCUGAGAAGACAGACGAGGACUUCCAAGUGGAUGAUGUGUUUAUAAGUAAAGCUGCACGUAAACAGUCUGAAGCUCAGAAUGAGGAGAAAGAUCGAGCCAGGUCUAUCAUGGAACAUAAGAAGAUGGCGACUGCAAUGGAGAAAUGUAGAUUCUGCUUUGACAAGGUGCCGAAACAUCUCAUUAUAGCCAUUGGUCUUAAGGUGUAUCUGUGCCUCCCGAACCACCGAUCCCUGACCCCGGGUCACUGUCUGAUUGUACCAAUGCAGCAUGUCACAGCCGGGACUGUCGUUGAUGAGGAUGUGUGGCAGGAAGUACAGACAUUCCGAAAGUGCCUGGUGCGUAUGUUUGAAUCCCAGGACCAGGAUGUCGUGUUUAUGGAGACCAGCAUGCACCAGAAGUACCUCCCACACAUGAGCAUGGAGUGUAUUCCUAUGGAGAAGGAGACAGGGGACCUGGCACCCAUCUACUUCAAGAAAGCAAUACAGGAUGCUGGCCCGGAGUGGUCAAACAACAAGAAACUGGUUGAUCUCAGCUGCAAGGACAUCAGACACUCGAUCCCCAAGGGUUUCCCCUACUUCAGCGUGGACUUCGGGCUGCAGGGUGGGUUCGCACACGUCAUUGAAGAUGAACAGACCUUUCCAUCCUACUUUGGUCGAGAGAUUGUGGGUGGCAUGGUUGAUGCUGAACCAGGACUAUGGAGGAAGCCCCACAAGGAGAGCUUCGAUGUCCAGCGCAAAAAGGUCCUGGAAUUUUCUGCAUGGUGGAAACCAUUUGACUGGACGCUGGACCUGCAAGCAAAUGACUGAAUCAUUUAACAAGAAAAUGCUGUUGUAAAUACUGUAUUAUUUGUACAUUGUUCAAUAAAACUAUCAUUCUG